CAUUCCUCUGUACACCAUAGUUUCCUUUUAAUAUAAUGCUUUUUCAUUUUUUUUCAGAAUUUUUUACAUGUAUACAAUGUAUUUCAAUCAUAUUCAUCCUCCCAUUACAAUUCUUCCUGGAGCCCUUUCCCAAUAGGUCCCAGCUGAUUUUAUGCCCUGCCCCUGUUAAAUCACUGAGUAAAUUAAUGCUGCCCAUAUGCAUGUUGCUACCAACUUAAGUAUGGUUAUUCAACCAGAGACCAUGCUCCUCAGGAAAUCUGACUCUUUCCACUAGAAGCCAUAGGUUGUCGAUAGCUCUUCAGCAAGGGAUUGGGGCUCACUACUCCUUUUCCAUCAAUGAUAUGGUGUUAACUGGCUUGGUCAUCUGCAAGUCUUGUUCAGGUGACCACAACUCUGGUGGAUUCAUGAGUGACACAAUCUUUUCUUAUCCAGAAGAUAGAAUUUCACCCCAGUCCACCUCUGAAUCUAAUCUUUUUGUCCCCUCAUUUGUGAUAUUCCCAGAGUCUUGAGGGAAGAGUGAGUGAAAUGCAUGUCUCAUUUGGCUCAGACUCGAUUGAAUUGAUGCCUGUUUACACAUUGAUCACCUGUGACUCUCUGUAGUCGUUACCCUCCACCACAGAAAGAUUAUCAGAUGAAGACCAAUAGCCACAUUAUUGUGUAGCUAUAGUCUAGAGAGAUCCAUAUUUUUAAGACACUUUGCUGUUGUAUGCAUUUAGCAAAAUGGCAGUAGUAGGCUCACCCAUGGAGCCUAUAGUUCCCCAAGUAAGAAUUCUUGUCCGGAAGUACAGUGCUAAACAUGUUGCCUUCUAUGAAUAGGCCUUAAGUCUUAAAUCAGAAAUCAAUUGCUUACCUUCAUCACAUUUACAUCAUUAUUUUACCCAUUGCCUUAUCUUGCCAGGCUGUUCAACAUAGCUUACAAAGUCUGCAGCUGUGUAAGAUUGCUGAUGACUAUUCUUCCUCGGCAUCCUACACAGUACCUUCCUGAACUAUGAAAGCUAUCCAAAGAGCAGAAACUUCCAUAGCAGUACCAGCUUUACUCUACAUGUCAUAGACCAAAGUGUGGAGCAUCUUCUAAUUCUAAAGGUGGAAGUGGAGCCUCAAUAGCACUGAGGAAUAGGCAACCUGUGCACCUACCUGAGGCGAUGGUGAGGUUCUGACCUGGACUGCUGCCCAGAGCCACGUCUGACUCCUUAGACUUGCUGCAGUUAGGAUCUGUGUUGAUGUCUGUAGCCCGGGUUACCACCAAAGGCCAAAUGGAUGUCCAUGGUCUGCACUGCCAUCAAAGACCAUGUGGACAUCUGAGAGCAGUAUAUGCUGAUCUGGGUGGCUUUUGCUGCCACCCAAGGCCACUGGGAUAUUCAAGCCCAUUCUGCUGCCAGAAACUGGGUCUGGGUCUGUGGUCAGUUCUAUUGCAGUUGAUGUCCCAGGCCAUUUUACAACCAAAGGCUAUACAGAUGUUCCUGGUCUGGACUGCCACCUGAGGCACUGUGCUGAGCUGGUCCUGUCCUCAUCUGGGCAGCACCACAGAGCUGACCCUGGUGGCAUGUGGGCAGGUGAGUUGGCCCCAAAGGCAGGAGAGCAAAAGAGCUAAUAAUUCUGCCCCUUGCUGGCUGUGUCACUGAGUGAGCUAGCCUAUACUGUGCUAAAGAGCUCACCCUAAUAGUAUAGGCACAGAAAAGCUGGCAUGCUAACCAAAUCAGCUACCACGAAGGCCCAGAUCCAGGGCUUUGGGUUGCUCCACCCCAAUAUCUACCCUACAUGAACUGCUGGAGCAUGUGAAAAGGUGGUCCUGCAGAUUCAAACCUCAAAACUCAUCUAGAUGAACAUUUGCAAGUAAAGAUGUGUAGAAAAAGGAUAUACUGUGUGACACACUGUGACACACUACAGUUUCCACGAUGUGAUUUUUAAAAAUUAUUCUUCUUAUUUUAUAUUCUUUUCAUGGGGGGGUGCAGCAAAGGCAGAGAGGAAAUACAGAGGGACAAGGAGAUGAGUGAGAUUAGGAUGCAUGAUACGCAUUGAUUCACAAUCAAUUAAAAACAGAAAAUUUAAAUGGAGCUACCGCACACUAGGAAUUAAUGUUCCUCCUAGUAGUCAACUAAAAACCAAUGCCAGGUAUGGGAUACCUCCUCUUAAGUUGUUAGUGAGGAUUUUCUCAGAAAUCCUUCUCAAUAUAAUCUAUUGUAGUCAGUCGUGUUUGAGACAAAAGAGACACCCUCUACCACUGAGGUGAUGUGGUUUCUUUCUUUAUCUUUAGUUUUUCGUUUUGUCUUAUCUUCCCUUUUCUUUUAGUUUUCAGAAGUUAAUUUAUAAUGUACUUUCAUGUUCCUUUGUAUUUGAGUUUAUCCUCCCAGUGAUAACUCAGUAUGCCAACAAGCUUUUUUGUUGUUGUUGCUAUGACAACCAGCUGUGAUUAAUCUGUUCCAUAAGAAGGCUUAUUUUGUUUGGUAGUUUUAAGUCUGUGAUGACGUGAUGCCACUGUCUUUGCCAUUGUGUUGAAGGGAGACAUUAUGCUGGACAGUGUGUAGCAGAGGAGGUUACCUUACUGUACGGCAGCAAAAAAUAAGAAAGAAAGGGGAUAGGAGACACUGGAAUCCUGAUUCAAAGCAGUGCACCAAAUUUAGCUUCACUAAGCUCCAUCCUCAACGAUUUCUCCACAUCCCAAGGGGCCUCGGAACAGUGACUGGUAGGACUGAAGUUAAAGAUCCGUGGGAGUAAAGAGGCUUCUGGGAAUUCACUGUGAAGAAGACGUUGAUGAAUGUUUACUGCACCCUUGCCUAAAUGGUGGUACUUGUGAGAACCUGCCUGGGAAUUAUGCCUGUCACUGUCCCUUUGAUGACACUUCUAGGACAUUUUAUGGAGGAGAAAACUGCUCAGAAAUUCUCCUGGGCUGCACUCAUCACCAGUGUCUGAACAAUGGAAAAUGUAUCCCUCAUUUCCAAAAUGGCCAGCAUGGAUUCACUUGCCAGUGUCUUUCUGGCUAUGCGGGGCCCCUGUGUGAAACUGUCACCACACUUUCAUUUGGGAGCAAUGGCUUCCUAUGGGUCACAAGUGGCUCCCAUACAGGCAUAGGGCCAGAAUGUAACAUAUCCUUGAGGUUUCACACUGUUCAACCAAACGCACUUCUCCUCAUCCGAGGCAACAAGGACGUGUCUAUGAAGCUGGAGUUGCUGAAUGGUUGUGUUCACUUAUCAAUUGAAGUCUGGAAUCAGUUAAAGGUGCUCCUGUCUAUUUCUCACAACACCAGUGAUGGAGAAUGGCAUUUCGUGGAGGUAACAAUCGCAGAAACUCUAACCCUUGCCCUAGUUGGCGGCUCCUGCAAGGAGAAGUGCACCACCAAGUCUUCUGUUCCAGUUGAGAAUCAUCAAUCAAUAUGUGCUUUGCAGGACUCUUUUUUGGGUGGCUUACCAAUGGGGACAGCCAACAACAGUGUGUCUGUGCUUAACAUCUAUAAUGUGCCGUCCACACCUUCCUUUGUAGGCUGUCUCCAAGACAUUAGAUUUGAUUUGAAUCACAUUACUCUGGAGAACGUUUCAUCUGGCCUGUCAUCAAAUGUUAAAGCAGGCUGCCUGGGAAAGGACUGGUGUGAAAGUCAACCCUGUCAAAACAGAGGACGCUGCAUCAACUUGUGGCAGGGUUAUCAGUGUGAAUGUGACAGGCCCUAUACAGGCUCCAACUGCCUGAAAGAGUAUGUAGCGGGAAGAUUUGGCCAAGAUGACUCCACAGGAUAUGCGGCCUUUAGUGUUAAUGAUAAUUAUGGACAGAACUUCAGUCUUUCAAUGUUUGUCCGAACACGUCAACCCCUGGGCUUACUUCUGGCUUUGGAAAAUAGUACUUACCAGUAUGUCAGUGUCUGGCUAGAGCACGGCAGCCUAGCACUGCAGACUCCAGGCUCUCCCAAGUUCAUGGUAAACUUUUUUCUCAGUGAUGGAAAUGUUCACUUAAUAUCUUUGAGAAUCAAACCAAAUGAAAUUGAACUGUAUCAGUCUUCACAAAACCUAGGAUUCAUUUCUGUUCCUACAUGGACAAUUCGAAGAGGAGACGUCAUCUUCAUUGGUGGCUUACCUGACAGAGAGAAGACUGAAGUUUAUGGUGGCUUCUUCAAAGGCUGUGUUCAAGAUGUCAGAUUAAACAGCCAGACUCUGGAAUUCUUUCCCAAUUCAACAAACAAUGCAUACGAUGACCCAAUUCUUGUCAAUGUGACUCAAGGCUGUCCCGGAGACAACACAUGUAAGUCCAACCCCUGUCAUAAUGGAGGUGUCUGCCACUCCCUGUGGGAUGACUUCUCCUGCUCCUGCCCUACAAACACAGCGGGGAGAGCCUGCGAGCAAGUUCAGUGGUGUCAACUCAGCCCAUGUCCUCCCACUGCAGAGUGCCAGCUGCUCCCUCAAGGGUUUGAAUGUAUCGCAAACGCUGUUUUCAGCGGAUUAAGCAGAGAAAUACUCUUCAGAAGCAAUGGGAACAUUACCAGAGAACUCACCAAUAUCACAUUUGCUUUCAGAACACAUGAUACAAAUGUGAUGAUAUUGCAUGCAGAAAAAGAACCAGAGUUUCUUAAUAUUAGCAUUCAAGAUGCCAGAUUAUUCUUUCAAUUGCGAAGUGGCAACAGCUUUUAUACGCUGCACCUGAUGGGUUCCCAAUUGGUGAAUGAUGGCACAUGGCACCAAGUGACUUUCUCCAUGAUAGACCCAGUGGCCCAGACCUCCCGGUGGCAAAUGGAGGUGAACGACCAGACACCCUUUGUGAUAAGUGAAGUUGCUACUGGAAGCCUGAACUUUUUGAAGGACAAUACAGACAUCUAUGUGGGUGACCAAUCUGUUGACAAUCCGAAAGGCCUGCAGGGCUGUCUGAGCACAAUAGAGAUUGGAGGCAUAUAUCUUUCUUACUUUGAAAAUCUACAUGGUUUCCCUGGUAAGCCUCAGGAAGAGCAAUUUCUCAAAGUUUCUACAAAUAUGGUACUUACUGGCUGUUUGCCAUCAAAUGCCUGCCACUCCAGCCCCUGUUUGCAUGGAGGAAACUGUGAAGACAGCUACAGUUCUUAUCGGUGUGCCUGUCUCUCGGGAUGGUCAGGGACACACUGUGAAAUCAACAUUGAUGAGUGCUUUUCUAGCCCCUGUAUCCAUGGCAACUGCUCUGAUGGAGUUGCAGCCUACCACUGCAGGUGUGAGCCUGGAUACACCGGUGUGAACUGUGAGGUGGAUGUAGACAAUUGCAAGAGUCAUCAGUGUGCAAAUGGGGCCACCUGUGUUCCUGAAGCUCAUGGCUACUCUUGUCUCUGCUUUGGAAAUUUUACCGGGAGAUUUUGCAGACACAGCAGAUUACCCUCAACAGUCUGUGGGAAUGAGAAGAGAAACUUCACUUGCUACAAUGGAGGCAGCUGCUCCAUGUUCCAGGAGGACUGGCAAUGUAUGUGCUGGCCAGGUUUCACUGGAGAGUGGUGUGAAGAGGACAUCAACGAGUGUGCCUCCGAUCCCUGCAUCAAUGGAGGACUGUGCAGGGACUUGGUCAACAGGUUCCUAUGCAUCUGUGAUGUGGCCUUCGCUGGCGAGCGCUGUGAGCUGGACGUAAGCGGCCUUUCCUUUUAUGUGUCCCUCUUACUAUGGCAAAACCUCUUUCAGCUCCUGUCCUACCUCGUACUGCGCAUGAAUGAUGAGCCAGUUGUAGAGUGGGGGGCACAGGAAAAUUAUUAAUGUGCAUGGGAGCAUUCACAAGUGUAAAACAUUGACUUGCAAGAAACAUCUUGUCUCAGUGUAGGUUUCUAGGAAAGACAAAGGGAACAUUAGGGAAUAGACUCCAUCUAGAGCACUGGUUCUCAGUCUUCCUAAUGCUGCAACCCUUUAGUACAGCUCUUCCUGUUGUAGUGAUCGCAGCCAUAACAUUAUUUUCAUUGCCACUUCAUAACUGUAAUCCUUCUACUGCUGUGAAUCACAAUGGAAAUAUUUAUGUUUUCUGAUGGUCUUAAGCAACACCUCUGAAAAAGUCAUUGACCCCCCCCCCAAAGGGGCUGUGAUCCACAGGUUGAGAAAUGCUCAUCUGGAAGGUAACCAUGCAUUUAAGUGUACCUCUAGUAGUUUGGGUCUAUAGAAGAUAUUCUCCUAUUCUACCUUUUUAGACACGCCAGAAGAGGGCAUCUGAUUCCAUUAAAGAUGAUUGGGAGCCACCGUGUGGUUCCUGAGAACUGUACUCGGGCCCUUUGGAAGAGCAAUCAGUGCUCUUUCCAGCCCCUAAGAAUAUUUUUAAUACAGCCAGAAAGGUCUCAUUACCCAGUGUACUGAGCCCUAAGGCACUUUCAUCCUCAAUCGUUCCAUGUUGAAUGGUUUUCAUUACAUUUGGAAAAUGUUUUCUCUCCACUCUACCUUUACAUGUUCCUAUUUUCCUAUUGACAAUUUGCCCCUUCACUGUAAUUCUAAUUUGGUGUGGUCCUUCUUCUCAUAAGUUUAUAUGUGACAUGAACAUUUAAAAAUAUCUAUGAAUAUUUUAUAGUCAUGUAUGUCUUUCUGCAAAGCUAUUCAAAUGAACUAUGGACAGUUCUUUUCUACACGAAGAAGAGAUGAGUUUAAUCCCCAGUAACAUGAGAAAAAGAUGAGUGAGGGACAGUGCUCACAGUAUCCCUCACUAGCAUCAUUUGUGAUUCCAUGGGCCAUUUUUUUCCACCAGCAAAUAGCAGAGAGCCCUUUCCCUAUUCGUUUCUCUUACACUUCCCCUUUUCUGUUACAACUGAACACUUUACAUUAGUUACUCCUUUGUAGGGGGUUUGACUUUUCCACCGUUUUCUCUGGUUCACUAUUUAUGCUAAGUAUCUGUGCAGGGCGGGUAUAUCAGUCCAACAGAGGUGUCAUUAGUGUUCAUUGAGGAGGAAAUACUUUGCAUGAAUUCAUGACAUCAUUGAAGUAGCAGUGGCCAGAAAGAUACCCUUCUGCGAAUGUGUCUGUGUAUUCAGAAGCUGCCCUGGUUAGAAAACAUGUGGGUCACUUUUCCUUUGCAUGUUACCAGUGCUCACUGGGUCAUGAUUGUUUUAAGACAGAGCUUUUGCUGUGGCAAUGACCAAGGUGAAUCCAGAGAUGCAGAUCAGACAAAGGACAAGACAAUGUACUAUCUGAGUAAAACCCUGCCUUGACUUACUCCUCAGUACUUAGAGAUUUUACAUAGCAACCUCCACCCUGUGGCAACCCGUUCACACUAGCAGUGAUGCUGAGAUUUGCCCUUCCUUCUCAUCAUCUUCCUCACAUCCAAAGCAUUUUGUGUCCACACUGCUGUUUCAGAUAACUGUUUCUAAAGUGGGAUUGUUGUAGCCAGAAAGGUAGGGAAAAUGUUCCCCAAAAUAUUUGCAUUCUUAAGUAUGUGAAGUAAGUAGAUUAUAGUCAGAGACAAUAUGUAAGGUUUCAGGUUCACUCCCUUCUACACAUAUCUUCAACUGUGUAUUUGCAGAAUAUUCUGAAUGUGACAUACUCCCAACAGAAUAUAUUUAAGGAGUAUUUAUCCACAGUAUUGUUCUCUGUACAGUUCUAGUGCUUCUAUUGUCACUGCAAUUGUCAAUUGUUUUUCUGCUUUCCAACUGUCUUAUUAUCAUUUAAUAGCAUCUUGCUAAAUGCCCUCUUUCUAUUCUCCUUAUUUCUCCAUAGUUCAUGUGUGUCUGUGUGACUAAGGAUUCUCCUCAUUUUUGCAGAAAAAUAAAAUCUUUUCUUCUUUAUGUCCUGCUUGUCAUUCUCUGGUGACACAUGUCUUUGCUUACUUGGACUGAGGGUUGUACAGUAAGUACAGAAGCAGGCUCAGUCACACAGACAGAGACACACCACCACCAGCAGCAGCAGCACCACCACCACCACCACCACCACCAGAAAACAGUAUGAGUACUCAUCUCUUGAUUACAUGUCAUUUCAAGUAAGCACCAUGACACCGAGGGCCAGGUUCCAUGGACUUUCUCUGUUAGGCACGUGAUUCUUUAGCUGACCUUUGAGAACAGACUCCAACAACCUCACUUAUUUUUACUGUUGACUUAUAUCAUCUCUGACAACACUGGACUUCGUUUGAGCUAGUCAAGAGGAAAGACCAUGACACCUAAGGGACAGAAAUUCACACACUCGGUUUUUCAUAAUUCACACACAUUCCUAUGUAUCAAAUCUCUGUAAUAGAUGACAUUUACUUGAAUAAAAAGUCAUUUCCCUUUGCUGAUGUUUCAUCUUUAACAUCUGUAUCACACCGGACUUCCUCCUUUGUGAGUAUAUACAUGGGAAUGGAUUUAAGCUCUCUCUCUCUCUCUCUCUCUCUCUCUCUCUCUCUCUCUCUCUCUCUCUCUCUCUCUCUCCCUCUCUCCUGAAGGAAAAAGAAGUAGGAGAAACUUGGAGAAACACCAUGUUUUGAUUGUAAAGAAAAAAGUAAAUUCAGCUAGUGCUAGUUCAAAAAUCUGGGUCAGAAUUGUGAGGAGCCAUUUUAAGUACAUCAUUUUUUUUCCAACUACACUUUUUCAAUACUAUAUCAAUAAAAGUUCCUCCCGUCCCAACUUUUUUUUUUUUUUUACUAAGUUUUUCUGGAAGAUCACUAAAGUAGAAGUUAUUUAAUUCAAUACUUCCAAAUGAAAGCUCUUUCUGGAAGUUUGAGUUUAGUAAUUUAGAGACUUCUGUUUUAACUACUAAUGUCCUUUCCAAUACAUUUAUACUGUUCAGCAUAACCUUUAUUACUUACUCAACAAACGAUGUAAUGAGGACUUACAAUAUACCACUCCGUAGUCAUUCUUGGGCCAACAGCCAUGAAUUAAACAUGAUGCUUACCCACAUAAAGCCAAAAGGAACAGUAGGUAAGGAAGGAAGAUAAAUCAAGUUGGGCAAUUCUUCAGAAAGUGUGGUGAUAGAAGUAGGUGUGCACUGUGCAGCCUGGGAAGCAAGGAGUUUUUAAUCCAAAAUUAAAACUGGAUGUAGAGGGUCAGGAAGACAAGCUUCACAAAGAGUCUGCUGAGAUUUGAAGGUAAGUAGAAACCUGGCUGGAAAGGAGAGAUGGGGAAGACAACAAUAUUCCAAGCAGGAAGAGCUGUGAAGGUUGCAUGGUAUGGCUAGAAAACAGGGGGGAACAUGGUGAGCUACCCUGUAGAAGUAAGAGGGAAAAUGAGUAGAAGUCAUGGAAAGACUAUGGCUUUCCUCCCUAAGAACACUGGGAGCCUUUAAAUGCUUUAACAUAAAAGUAACGAUCACACUUAAUACUCUCAAAGAUCACUUGAGCUUCUAUAUAGAAAUGGAUUAAGGACAGACAGGCCCCCACUAAUGAAUAUGUAACUAAGAGACUAUUAUGGUAACAAGGACAAAGGAAAGGAGAUUUUUUUUGGAUCACCAAGUGUAGUGCCAAGUUCAGAGAAGGGUGUCCUUGAGCCAAGUCUGAAGUUGUAUGACCUAAUAUCUGUUUGCGCCACCAUAGUGUCAUUCUAGAGUGACAGUUCAAUAUGGUGAAAGCUAUUUGAAAGACUGAUCCACUGAAGAAAUGAAUGACUAUAAAGCUGUGGCAGACACUGUAAUAUGAUUUAUAUGUGUCACUGUUUCAGAGUUGAUAUAAAAAAUAAUAUUUAAUUAAUAAGAGAUUAACAUAUAAACGAGAGUCAUACAUAUACAUAUAUAUGUGUGUGUAUAUGUGUGUGUAUAUAUAUAUAUUGAAGUUUAUGGUUUCAUGGAUGCCCCUGUUCAAGCCAUGUGUAGCAUUUGUCUGUUGCUCUACAGUUGUCCACUGAAAGUAAAAGCAGUACAUACUUGUUACCCAGAUGCUAUCUUUAGGGUCUCAUUCUCUGACCUUCACUAUAUUCCAUGGAUUAGAAGCCUGAGAGCUCUCAUCUCCACACAGAGGGAAUGGACCAAAGAAUGUAUGCAAGGAGUAGUACGCUGAGUAUGCCUCAAGAGUUAAUCUGCCAUGCCCUUACUGGUUGCUAGUACUGAGUUACAGUGUGCAUAUUUUUUUAAUAUUUUUAUUAAUCAUCCCAUUCAUUUACAUCUCAAAUGAUAUCCCCCUUCCUGGUUACCUCUCCACAACCCCCCCAUCCACUCUCUCCCACCUCCCCUUUGCCUCUAUGAGGAUGCUCCCCCACUAACCUACCCUCUCCUACCCUACUGCUCUAUCAUCCCCCUACACUGAGUUAUAAAACCUCCAUUGGACCAAGGGACUCUCCUCCCAUUCAUGUCAGAGAGACCAUCCUCUGCUACAUAUGUAUCUGUAGCCAUGGGUCACUCCCUGUGUACUCCUUUGUUGGUGGUCUAGUCCCUGGGAGCACUAGGUGGUCCAGCCAGCCUACAUUGUUCUUUCUAUGGGGUUGCAAUCCCCUUAGGCUCCUCCAGUCUUUCUGCCAGCUCCCCCACCAGGAUCCCCAACCAGUGAGAGCAUCCCCAUCUGUACUGAUUAGGUCUUUUUACACUGAAAAUCCAUUUGUUUGAAAAAAAAAAAAAACACUGGUGGUUUCCUAUAUUUCAGUUACUUCUGUAAUUUCUGUACAUUUUACUUUCUUACAAGUCAACUGUUUCUUCUGUCAGUGUUUUAAUGUUUUUCACUGUAUUACUACUACUGGUUAUUUUACUUUACAAUGAUUAUGAACCUGUGUAUUAGGCUGUUACAGGCUGUUCUAACAUUAUAAGCUCUUCAAGUGUUCAUCCACUUGUUUCUGUUUCUGUUCAGUUUUACACGUGACAGAGUUUGUCUUCCAGGGGCUUGUAAUUGUUAUUGGUGAGCACAGCUCAUGAGGGUUCCCUUCACCCCUGCCCCAGAGUGAGUCUUGCACAGCAAGUCAUACACAGGUCGUAAUCUGGACCUUUUGCUGGGAACUUGAGUUUCAUAUCUCUAAUUUAGCCUACGUUCAUAACUUUGGUUUAGAUAGUCUCACAGCAUCAGGGUCAUGAAUUUGGCUUCCACAACUAAGUUUGGUGGGAACUCUUCAUAAAUUAUUACUUAGUUGCCUCUUGGACCUUAGUCCUUUGUCACGCUCUCAUAACUAUUUCAUAGCUACGUAGAGAUUCCCCCUCUCUCGCUUUCUGGUGUUUGAGCAGUUCUCUCUUUACACUCUCUCUUCCUUCUCUUUCUUUCUCUGACAAAUUCCUACCCUUUCUGAAUUGUGGGGUCUAAUAAAACUUUUCCAGGACCCUGCCCCAGCAAGAGUUCUUGUAUUCUUUACAUCUUUGUCACUUUACUUUGGGCUUCUUUUUAGUGACCAUAAUGUGAUCAUCUAAGCAUAUGUACCCCCACACACACACACAAACAACACUCAACAACAGACUUCUCUAGAUCAAGGACCAUCUAACACAUCUGCCACAAUGAUAAGAGAAUUAUCACUUUACAAUAACCAUGGAUCUUGAGAAGUAAUAUUACUUUCUUUUCUUGAUAGUUUGAUUUUUUUUUUAAUGUGGAUACAUGCUUUUUCUAAAAUGAACCUUGCCAUGAUAUUGUAGCAAGUGAGAACACUUAACAGCUUGAUAAUGCAAGUAAAGAGCUUUGCUUAAAGACUUAACAAUCGCACAAGGGCAGUAAUUUUGUCAGUUGUGCUUGCUUAUCUUUUAGUUGUAUAUUGUAAUAGCUGCCCCCAAACUUGGCUAAUUCCUGCACCUGAGUUAUGUUUAACUUGUCUCCUCAGUUAAAUAUCUUCCUACAUGUGGCAAUGGGUGUUCUGUUUUUAUUUUUCUACUUUUUUUGCCUUGUAAUUUGGGGUUACACAUUGAGUAUUCUAACCUUGAUGUUCUAACUCAUGGUGUAAGAGACUAAGAAUCGUUUUUAUACUCCUCCAAAAACAACAUUUUGAUUUAGCAAGCAGUCAACUAGCUAAAUAAAAAACCCAAUACUGGGGUAGUGCUGUCUUUGGGUUGCACAGUGCAAAUCUCUGCUCAUCUCUCCCUGCAGCAGGACAGCUUGCACUCUGCUUACACUUUUCCUGGUCUGCCUGGCAAAGUGAGAGGAAGCAACCUUUUCCAGAAUUAGACAGUAUCUCCAUGGUGCUCUUCUUUCAAGCAUUUUCUGAUUCCAUUUUCAGUUUCUGCCAUAAACCUCUUUAAUCUUAUUCUCUAAGGCUUUAAGGCUGCAAAAUUCACUUCAGUCUUAGUGAACUGGGGACUGUAUUAAGAAAACAAGCUGAACAAAAUGAAAAUCACCCGUGUCCUCUGCCCUCUGAGCUCAGCUCCCCUAUAGCCCAUGUAUACUUCUGUUAGCAGUGCUCUACGGGUUGCUCUUUGUCAUUCUGUCCACAUCUUAAUAGUUAGUGCCCAAAGGUUGGUAUAAUAGAAAUUAUUUUACCAUCACCUGGAGAGGAAACUGAAAUUUGAAGUAGGUCAUAUUAAAUCCACUCCUGUCUGUGCUUUCAGGUCACCUCUGAGGUCCAGGUUGGUCUUUUGGGCAUCACAUUCAAAAGACAGCAUUGGGAAUGUCUAGGACUGAGCAAAGGCCAUCUUAGAAAUACUAGGAGGAUAAAGGAAUAGUUUGUCCAGAAAGCACAGGCUGAAGGGAAGCACAAACACCACUUUCGGCUUCUAGUAUAAAGUAUAAACAGUAGUCUUGCACUACAUCCAAACAGAGAGAAGAAAUAAGUCACAGGAAUAUCAUUUAUAGGAAGACUUGGAGUCAGCAUUAACAAAAAUGAACAAACACUAGAAUUCUUCAGCAACGUUCUGAAUUGAUUUGCAGCAACGCCAACUCCCACCCUAGAAACCGUCAAACAGAAACUGAGUAAUGAGGCCCGGGGUCUUGUGGAGAAUACUUGUACACUGACUGGGAGAGCUACAUAGACUUGGCAGGCUCAUAAGCACCAACCACAAACCAAUUCAACACUAUUAGGGCGCUUGCAUCUUAAAAAUCAGUGAAGGUUGCAUCAUGUGUUAUCUACAAUAGCAGAAUGAUGUAGUUGGAUGAGAACAGAAAUUUGUACUCAACUAAAAUUUGAGGGAAAGUAUAGCUUGCUAGGCCAAAUAGCCGACCCAAAUCUCCUGACCCUUAGGGAAAAGGGAAGGUUGGGAAAGAUACAUCUGGGAAUUUCGGAUCAUUAACACAUUGGAUCAGGUUAUAGUGAAGAAAUGUUUCAGAACGAGGACUCUCCUUUAGAAUGUAUUUUUAGGUACACUGAUUUAUUAUGCUGGUUUCUUUGAAAUCGAAACCCACCAGCUUUGUCCAUUUAACACCCCAAAGGCACCUUUAUUCAGAGAAAAACCAGACUGAGCUGUGAUGCUUCGUAUGCACAGAGGAGGUUUGCUGAGCAAGGCUUGAGGGCUGCACUGUUCCACAAUCAAUCAUUUUCAGGCAGGAUCUAUGGUAGAACCAGGGCCUGGGGCCAGGAAAGUAUAGAGUCACUGGGAAAGUUUAUUUGAAUGUUCUUUCUUUCUUAAAUCAGUAAGUAAAAUAAUGCUGUUAGAAAGAUAUUCCAUUGUAAAGUGUACGAGAGAUCCUGUUAGAAGAUUAAGUUAAUGCUCAUUCAGCCACUAUUGAAAUACAUAUCCCUAAAAUAUUGACAUUAUAAAUAUCGCAUAUGAGCUUUUCAUAUGGCUCAGUCCACUGCAUAUGUUUCUGAUAUCUGCUAGAAUGCUGUUUCUCCUGAAUUUUGAGUUAUUAAUGAAAAAUAUUGUAGUAAAGAGUUUCAAAGGAUUUUAGCAGCUAUCAAAUCCAACUCAUUUUUAUAUAAAAGAAGAAGCUAAGGAGAGGGAGUGCCUAGAUUAAGUUAUAAAAUAUCAAAUAGUAAGGCUGAGGGGCUGGCACACUGGUUAAAAACAGUUCCUUUUCUUUCAUGGGACAAGAGCUCUGUCCCAUGACCUAUAUAUGAUGGCUCAUAACUACAGCUCCAGGGCAGCUAGUGGUUUUUUCUGGCUUCUACCAGCACUCCAACACAUG